AAGGCAGUAACGUUACCUAAUUUGGAAGGAAAUGGGCGUGGAGUCUGAAUCUGAGUCCCGUUAAGGAAGAGAACAUCUGUGCAGCGUCACCGAAGAGGGACUCGCUUCUCCUUUGUGAUACUGGAAUAAAGGGAAAAAUCGGUCUAUAUAAGUACAAGAGUCACCAGAAGGACACACCUCAUACACCUUCAUCCAACUUCUAAAAAGUUCUCCGAUCGCUCAGCACACAUCAUGGCUUUGGUAACCUUGAAUCCUUCCCGUUUAAUGUGGGCGCGUUUGGCAGCUCUAGUGUUCACUUGUGUGGCAUUUAGUGUGGCGUCCCAUGGAGGAGGAAUCAGUGGCGGCAUGGCCGACUGGAGUGUGUUCUGCUGGGCUUUUAGCUUUGCAGGAACCUUGCUUGUUCUGCUGGUGGAGCUCUUGGGUCUACAGUCUCGUGCCCCUGUGUCCUGGAGCAACUUCCCCAUUACUUUCGCCUGUUACGCCACACUUCUUUGCCUGUCCGCAUCCAUCAUCUUCCCUCUCUACUUUCUGAAGGGUGAUCGGAGCCGCGGCGAGGCCCGGGACCACCGAAUCGCCGCCACUGUGUUCUCCUGCCUGGCCACCGUGGCUUACUUCGUGGAGGUGAGUCUGGCACGGGCACGACCGGGAGAAGUUGCCGGAUACAUGGCGACAGUUCCAGGAUUGCUGAAGGUUUGCGAGACCUUCGUGGCCUGCGUCAUAUUUGUGUUCAUCAGCGAUCCCAUUUCUUAUGAUAAUCAUUCCGCUCUGAAGUGGUGCAUGGCCGUCUACUGCAUCUGUUUCGUGAUAUCGGCGGCUAUCGUGGUGUUGUGUGUCGGCGAAUGCACCGGGUGCCUGCCUUUCCCAUUUGCGCGCUUCCUUUCUGCCUACGCUCUAUUGGCAGUUGUAAUGUACCUCACUGCCACUAUCAUUUGGCCGGUCUUCAAGUUUGACAGCCGAUAUUCUGGAAGCUCAAGCCGACCGGAUUACUGCCGAAACAGUCACGGUUUGUGCCCGUGGGAUAAAUUGGUCGCUGUGGCUGUUCUCACCGCUCUCAACUUCCUGAUCUACCUGGCAGAUCUGGCGUAUUCUGCCCGACUGGUGUUUGUCACUGUGUGAGAGAGCAAAUAAUCAUCUUUUCCUUGACGCUGAUCUUUAAAAGCCAAAGAUUUUGCAUACAGUGCUUCAAUGAGUUCAGGUUUCUGAAGCAGGAGGAAAGUAGUGACUAAUGGCAUGUUCAAGUCAUUUUAGAAAGAACAUAUUUACGAGUUAAAUUCAUAUAAAUGCCACAACAAAGUUGUAUGAGUGGGAAACAGUGUUAUUUUAUUAUAAUUGAUAUACUUUGGGAAAUUCAGUAUUAUCUUUGAGCCCAGAGUUUCUGAGUUGGGGGUGUUUCAAAAAAUAUGCAAUGGAUGCAGCGUGUUGCAAAUUUGUUUAAAUUAAUUACUUUUUUUACUUUUUUUAAAACUAGCUAAUUUGUAUGUACAAAAUAACAAUUACAAUAUAAUACAUAAUGAUUCAGUUUACAGCACCUUCAUAGAUUGGAGAAAAUCGCCAAAAAAAAAAAAAAAAAAAAAAAAUGCACCUUACAACUUCCUAACUCGUAAAUAUGAACUUCCCAGGAGGACUUGAACACACCAUAAACUUGUAUUUUUUAAUGUUAUGUAUAGUGCAUUUUCUGAUUGUACCAAGACUGCCUUGUUAUGAGUGUAUUGUGUUAAAGUUGCUGUGUUGAGCUACUGUACAUUUUUGUGCUGUUUUAUGUGACUUGAAGCAUAUGUUUGUCACUUUUAAGUGUUAUCAUUGACACAUGGCAUCACAAUAGCGUUUCAGCAGGUCAAAGUUCAUGUGUUAUAAUGAAAGCGAAUAAUUCCAGAGCAAACAAUUUUUAUAUAUUUUUUUUUUUAUUCUCAAAUGCAUCGUGAACACAAAUAAAUUUUCAUUGUGAUAUGUAAA